AAAAUACAUGUAAAUAAUAGAGCAGGUAAGUGGGUGGGUAUAUGAGGAAUGGGGUAGGUAAGUGAUGCUGUAUGUGAGUAGGAAAUUGAGAGCUAAAAUGAGAGAGAUGGGCACAGAUGCUGGAGGGUCAGUAGGUAAGUGACACAGGGUAAGUUUGCUUUGAGGAGGGCAAUGGUAGAUACAGUACAAGUGUGAAUGAGCUGAAGGGUUAAUGUGAUUUAGCUCCACCCUCCUCAGGUAGUGACAUCAGACUGCUGAGAGCACAGAGAGCAGAGCAUUGAGCUGCAGACACUACACUGGUACCCGAGUAUCUCUCUCUCUCUAUAGGGCCCGGGCCUCACACACAGCUCUGCACACUCACUAAAUCCCAUUCACUUACACACCAGCAUCAUCACAAUCAUUCUGUGUAUCACACACUAUAUUAGUGUAUCACAUGUUCACACAAUGUACCGCACACUAAUCCACGGUACCACAAUAUCUGAGCAUCACACACACUCCCAGACUCACACACUGACACACACACUCUAUUCACAGCCCUGCAAGAACAAUGCACUGAACCAGACCCCAAACAGAACCAGCACAACCUCCUCCUGGGUCUAGACCUGCAUUCUACAGCAGAACCAGCUCUGCAACCGAGCAGAUCCAGAACCACCUCAGCAGAACCAGAGCAACAACCAGAGCAAAUCCAACAGAACCUCUGAGCAGAACCAGAACAACAACCAGAGAAAAAACCAACAGAACCUCUGAGCAGAACCAGGACCAUAAGUAGAAGUGGGUUCAGAUGUGCCAGUGAGAGGGAGUGAGGUCCAGGAAAGACCCUACAGAACAUCCCAUGGGUUUCUGGGUUGUGGCCCCUGUGAGCAGAUAGGGUGCAGCUUGUGUCUGUCACUGGAGCCCCAAUGGCUGAGACUGAUCCACAGGCUCCCCCCCUUCCUGCUCAUACAACUGGGGUUCUGAUGCAGCAUCUGGGGGCUGAGUGACCCUGAAUCCUGGAGCAAGAGAAGAAGAAGAAGAAGGAGGAGUUCCGAUUCAUUGUUAUUCGGUAUCACAGAUCACGAUCCGACCGCUGACACUUUCAGGGGCUGUGCAGAGGAAUGGGGGUCCAUACAUGCAUUCGGGGUCCCGCCAUUUAAAGCUUCUACAAACACAAAAGCAUUUUGUCCAGACUCCCGGAACCAAUGACUUGUGUUUCUCCUGUGACCCUGCGAUCCAAGGGCUCCAUGUGGGGUCUGACAGUGCUGGAUAUGGCCCAUAUUCCAAUGUAUCUGAGCCCAGCAGUGCUGGUUCUGUUCAGCUGUGACCUCUGCCUGGUGAGAGCAAACAGGCCUCCAUCUCCAGUCAAUGUGACAGUUACACAUCUAAAGGCCAACUCAGCCACUGUGACCUGGGAUGUACCUGAAGGAGACAUUAUCAUUGGAUAUGCAAUCUCUCAACAGAGACAAGACGGACAGAUUCACAGGUUCAUACGAGAGGUAAACACAACCAACCGAGCCUGUGUGCUGUGGGACCUGGAGGAAGACACUGACUACAUUAUCCAAGUCCAGUCUAUUGGGCUGUACAGCGAGAGCCAGGCCAGCAAGAGGAUCCAUUUCCGAACGCUGAAGGAAACAGACAAAGUUCCCUCUAACAGCUCCAAUCAGGGAGUUAUUACAGUCCAGGGGGUGGACAAGGACCGGCAGCUGGAAACAGGGGAGAUUAUAAUCAUUGUGGCUGUGCUGCUUAUGUGGGCAGCUGUGAUCGCACUCUUCUGCCGACAAUAUGAUAUCAUUAAAGACAAUGAUUCUAAUAACAACAAAGAGAAGACAAAACCAUCAUCAGAACAGAGCACUCCGGAGCGGCCGACGGGGGGCUUAUUGCGGAAGAAGAAGACACCAUCGGUCAACAUUAUAGAAGUAUAGCGCAUCUGUGUCCAGGCCUUGAGCCCAAACUGAUCCUACUGUGUCCUGGACUCAGGGCCUCCACUGUGGCUGGAUGAAAUGCACAAGAGCGAUGGGCACUUCGUAUAGCAAUACCACUAAACUCCGCUACCAGCAGGGUUUACACAAGGGCUUACCCCGUUCACUGUAAUCACCCAAAAAGAGAACUCAUGGACUGUACAGUCUGUGUACGACUAAAGCGAUAUGGACUCGCUUAAAGGCCGUGGAUGUCAUUCAUAAGAACAUGGAACGGCAUUGUCAGAAAGCAUUUAGAGAAUGGUCAGUGCCGAUGGUGUUCAUCCAUUAUUAUGAAACAUAUGGGCAAGUUACUUAGCCAGAAAUCAAGGGAAACAAGGAUAUGUUAUCUUCUAUUUUAUUCCUAUGAAACCAUCAAACAGAUUCAUCAAACAGUUCAUCAGUGUUAGUCCAUGUGCUUGAUGUUCUUGGCCUGGGCUAUGGUGGGUAUCUCCAAGACAUGUCUAGGAGGGGACCAGGGACAAUCUGUGUUAGCAAGGACCUGCAACUCUAUUCUGUAACUUUUCUGUGACCAUUAACAGAUUUCAUCUAUAGACAGAAGUAUGAUGGUGAGGUCUCCCUAUUACUUGUUCUCCAUUCCAGCAAUGCCUCUGUCCUACACAUGGUUCCUCCUUGUGGUAAAGCUUUUAUGGCUCACCAAGGAGACCUGCAGUGCAGCUUAACAAUGUCCAUGCUUUAACAUGAUCUAUAGUUUUAUAUUGCCUCUGCUAUUAAUGGAAUUCCACAUUGCUCUUACUGUGUGUGAAUUAUUUUCUAAUAUAGUGAAGGUUGAUG